AUGCCAAAUCUAAUAGACAAUAUGGCUGAUAUAAAAAGUUCAGUUGUCACAGAGGUGCCAGCAGGAGCUACUGCAGUUUUGAACUGUGAUAGCAAUGAUUUUGAUCACAACUUCAUGUUCUGGCUCUUGGACUCACAUCCCUUAAAAAUCAUUGGACCUGAAAGUACUUAUGAUGAUAGGAAAUAUAAAUAUGAAGUUUUAUCAGGAAAGUUACAUAUUAAUAGUGUGUCCCCAACUGAAUCUGGCUAUUACAAGUGUUUUUCUAAAAAGCUGGAUGGUAAAGGUAUAACUGUGGGGGAAGUGGAAAUGAUAGUUCAAGGAUCAGCAUUCUCUGCAAUUGAUGUUAUAAAAUUGGUGGCCAUUAUUGUAUCUAUACUUGUGUUAAUUGCUUGUGCUGUUAUAUAUCUCAGAUUAAGAAAAGAAUGGAAAAAAUAUGAUGGGCAUACUGUUGUUGCAGGAGACGAAGAGGAAGAAGCUGAUGAAAUAUAUAACCGUACAACUACCACUAUUAAUCAGCCUGCACCAGGCCCAAGCAGAAAUCAAUCUUCAGAACAUCUGCUAUAUGGAAUAGAUAACCAAGGGCUAGAUACAGAUUUUAAUUCAGUCUUUGAAAAUAUACAAAUAAAAACACCAAGUACUAGUUUAAUC